AUGUGGUGCCUCCUCGUGCUGCUCUGCUCCCAAGGAAUUGCCUUUUCAGCAGGAUUCACAGCAGCCUCCACUCCAGCUGUUGACACAAGCCACUGCAAGAAGAGUCGCAACCCCGAAUGCUUCAUGAAUGUUAGUGAAAUUAUCAGAUAUCAUGGAUUCCCCAGCGAGGAAUAUGAAGUUACAACAGAGGAUGGAUACAUUCUUGCUGUGUACAGAAUUCCUGCUGGGAGGAAGGAUCAAAAUACAGGGCAAAGGCCUGCAGUGUUCCUACAACAUGCUUUUCUAGGAGAUGCUACCCACUGGAUUUCCAACCUGCCCAACAACAGCUUGGGCUUCAUCCUUGCAGAUGCUGGCUACGAUGUCUGGUUGGGAAACAGCCGAGGGAACACCUGGUCUUUAAAACACAAGACUCUUAAGCCCUGCCAAAAGGAGUUCUGGCAGUUCAGCUUCGAUGAAAUCGGUAAAUAUGAUAUUCCAGCAGAGCUGAACUUCAUCAUGAAUAAAACUGGGCAGAAGGAUAUUUACUAUAUUGGUCACUCUGAAGGGACAACUGCAGGCUUCAUAGCAUUUUAUACACACCCUGAGCUGGCUAAACGGGUGAAAGUGUUCUUUGCUCUGGGCCCAGUAACUGCAUGCCUACAUGCUACAAGCCCUCUGGUUAAGAUAACAAAUCUUCCUGAACCACUGCUCAGGCUAGUACUUGGCUGCAAAGGAGCUGCGCACCAGAUUGAAUUUCUGAAAGGACCUGUGACACAGCUCUGUACAAGCCUGGAUAAGUUUUGUGCCCAUGUUCUCUGUUACAUAGCUGGAGGCAGUGUGAAAAAUAUCAACACGAGUCGAGUAGAUAUGUACGUAGGACAUUCCCCAGCUGGAACAUCAGUACAGAACAUUUUUCAUUGGCGACAGCUAGCACAUACAGACCAGUUUCAAGCUUAUGACUAUGGUUCUAAGGAAAACAUGAAGAAAUACAACCAGACUGCUCCUCCUGUGUACAAAAUAGAAGAGAUAAAGAUACCAACUGCUGUUUGGAGUGGUGGACAGGACAAAUUUGCAAACCCAAAAGACAUGGCAAGACUACUUCCUCGGAUUACUAAUCUCAUUUACCACGAGAAUUUUCCUCCAUGGGGACAUCUUGAUUUCAUCUGGGGCCUUGAUGCAACUGAGAAAAUGUAUCUGAAAAUCAUUGAAUUAAUGAGAAAAUAUUUUUGAAACCAUGAGCAGAGUGUUGAUUGCAAAAACUUCCAAAAUUUCUAUUUGGCGAUAAGGGUGGUAUCUGGGGAAGGGGUAAACACACAGGCACACAUAAUGGAUACAUCUAUAGCUAUUUAUUUGUUCUUAUUUAUUUCUUGCUUUCCUCAUAAUUUGAGUUUUUCCAUGGUGUUACUGUGACUGCUGUGUUCCUGAGAAGUCUGAGGUGUGUAAGAAUGAAAGCUGAAAACAUGAAUCUAUUUGAAUACAUACUUCAGGGAUCACUGAAUUUCAACAGUUUUUAUUUCUACAAGACGAAUUUUCCUAAGCCUAAAUUCUAUUUUCUCAGAUAGAUCUUAUUUACCCAGUUGAGGCAUUCUCAUGCCCAAUUUUUGUCUUCCUAUGAAGACCCAAAAGUAUGAUUUGAUCUUUGC